CUUUCCAAUAGAAAGUUUUGAUUGCCUAAAUUUCAAAACAAAUGGCUGCCCAAGGACAAAGCUCAGACUACUUAGCCUCGCCUCUCAAUGUCGUUUUUGGUUCAACAGGUCCUCAACAUGAUAAAGCAUUAAAACAGGCAUUUUACAAUACUGCUGCGCUGGUUUUUGUUUUACUGAGUGGAGUAAUCGCCAUUGUUGUAUACUAUGUUCUGGAGGCAUUUAUUAGGCCACUUCUGUGGGCGGUUUUGUGUGGGGCGUUCCUUCACCCAUUUCAAAGAACUGCAACAUCAGCUGUAAGACAAUGGCUUAAAUCUCUAGAUGAAACAGACACCCCAUUUGCUAUUGGAUUUGGUUUGAUUCCUUUGAGAGCUGUUAAUGAGUCUGCUGAGCUCUUUGGAAAACUGCUGAAGUCUAAUGCCAGGUUGCUGCUGAGUUUUGUGUUAUUAUUUCCGAUUGCAUACUACUUAAUCGUUUUUCAGCCAUUUUCUCAAAUAUUCAUUGUAUUUGAGAGAGCUUUUGGAGUAAUCGGCUUAGUAUUGGAGAUUUUCCAAAGACCUCUAUGGGUGUGGACGCUGGUUGCUGGUUACAUCCUGAUAGUCAUAUUCUGGUGGACUCCUUCCUCAUCUAAAGUGCUUUCAGCACUUUCAGUGCCAAUUUGGACACUGCUACUUAUCCAUCUUGCCUCAUAUGCUGGACGAUGGAAGGUCAUCAUAUUUCUUAUACUUUUGGUUCUUCUCAUUGUUGGUCUCUAUGAAGAAUGGAAAGAGAAGCGUAAAAUAGAGGCAAAAGAGGGGUGCCAGAAAAAAGAAGCUGAAGGCGUUGAUGGUGGAAUUGUUGAAGAAGAGUCUUUAGUACAAAGUAUACUGAUGAAGUCAUUAUCAAUGGUUGGGUUAGGACCAACACAACAGCCGACUGAAAAUGUAGAUGGAAGUAGCCAGCCAACACCUGUUGAAGCAGAUAAAGGGCCUGUUGAAGAUGCUACUGUUGACAGUGAGUCUGAGAAAAACAAAGAAAAAGCAAAAUGUGUACCAACACAUAGAAAGAAAACAUGUCGUAAAGGAUCAAAAAAGAAAAGGAUCGGCAAGAGUGACCCAUACUUUAUUGGUUUAUUUUGGAUGUUUUUGAUUACAAGACUGUGGUUUCACACCUGGAUACUGCAAAUUGUUCCAAUUUUAGUGAUUAUCUUUGCUGCCAAGAGUCUUUUCUCUUGGCUCCAAACUUCUGAGUUGCUAUCAAUAAAAUUGAGUCAAUUACUAAGACAGUGUGAACAAUGGACAUUCAAAAGAAGAAAUGCUAUCAUACCUGGUCCUGUGAGAGGUGUUUAUAGGUUAAUGUUGAAAGGAGAUAAAAAGGUCAUUAGAUGGACUGAUAAUUCAAUGGAGAAGUUAGUGACAAUUCUGAUUAUGCUCUGUCUAAUAGUUUUAACAACAAUAGCUGUUAUAUUCUUGGCUGUUCAGGUCCAACAAGAAAGCGUCUAUAUGGCAAGUCUUGUGAAUAAUGCAGUCAAUGAAACCCUUACUACUCACCCAGAGCUGUUCAGAUGGCUGCCUGAAAAUACGGAUGUGAAAGAAGCAUUGGAUAAGAUGGUUCAUAGAGCUUAUAUCUACGGUAGAAAAUGGAUGGUUGAGAAGCUGAGUUCAGUUCUUCGAGGACAUCAGACAAAUAGCACAGUACUUGAAAAGCAGAUGAUCUCAUUCGUGGAUAACUUGUACACCCAAUGGAUUAGCAGGAAUAGUUCUCAGCAAAGCUCAAAGGCAGCUUCAACAAACCAGAUCUUGAACAGUCGAAGACAAAGUUUUUCAUUUGAUCAUCUUAAAAAGCUAUUUUUGGGGAACGACUCCUUUGAUGUCAGUGCAAUUUUCUCCAUUGUGAAAGAAAACGUUGACACUUUGAAAGCUCUCUUGGAGUCGCUUUGGUCGAUUCUGAAAGGCAAUGUCAAUCUUGCAUUCAGCAUCGUUACAACUGUUUUCUCUACCAUUUUCUUCAGUGGUACGUACAUACUAAACGCGGGACUUUCAUCGGUCGUGUUUCUAACAGCCUUGUUCUACCUACUGAGUACAUCUGGCUCCCAGUACAAAGUUGUUGAAUGGAUAUCUGGUGUCAGUAUGGGAACGAGGUUCAGCGAAUAUGUUAACAUCGCGGUCAGGGAUGUUUUUGGCGCUACUUUAAAGAUGGCUAUAUUUUAUGGGUUCUACACGUGGAUGAUGCACAGUAUCUUUGGACUGAAUAUUGUUUUCAUCCCUUCAGCUUUAGCCGCCGUGCUAGCAGCCAUACCAUUCAUCGGCACCUACUUCGCUGCCAUACCUGGUGCGUUGGAGCUUUGGCUUGUGCACGAUGAGGAGUUGCUUGCACUUUUGCUCAUCGCUCUUCAUUUUCUGCCAACUUAUGUUGUUGAUAUUGCAAUAUACAGUGAAAUAUCAGGCGGAGGACACCCAUACCUGACUGGCUUAGCUGUAGCCGGGGGAAUGUACUGGUUUGGUUUAGAAGGUGCUAUUGUUGGUCCCAUCGUGUUAUGUUGUCUUAUAGCUGCCUUUAAUAUUUACAAUGGAAUCAUCACUGAGAGCAAAGACGAGGUUCAAGUCAGCUUUGUAGGAACUCGGCAGUACGAUUACGCCCAAAGGACCCCAUUUUUUCGCAAUAUUCGAAGAGCAUUGAGCGAGGAAAGAUGAAGAAAGUGGUAGUAUUUAUGUUGUGAGCAGAGAGUUUAUCGAACAGGCUAAGUUUUGGGCCUUAGUAACCUAUGCUUUGGGUCAGAAAAUGCUUUAUCAAUCAUAUGGCUGGCCAUUCCUUUUCUCUAGUGGGCUUCUUCUGAAAUGUUGAAAUGUUCCGUGAUUUGUCCAUAUUGUUUGCAGAUAAUACUGUACGUCUAGUUUAUUUAGGUAGUGCUUGUCUAGCUGGAGCACGCUUAAAAGUAAAUCGUAACUUGUAAAAGCCCAAUUUUUUGUUUUUUGGCCACUUAAACAUCUCUCUCCAAGAUAUUUGCUUCUUUGGGAGCGCGCCCUCCCCCCUCAUUACAUCAAUUCUCCCACAGCGCUUUUGUAGUUUACAAAACUUGCUAAAAUCUAUCAUUUUUUGAGUGACGUAGAAGCUCACGUCAUAGGUUGAAAUCUUCAUCAAGAUCUAUUUAAGAGUAUUUUAAUUUUGACAUCAUUGCCUGAAAAAAAAUUAUGAAAUAAACUGUAUUUUGUAGAUUAUAUCGAUUGCAUUAUUUAUGUUAUUUAUUGGUAACUUUUUUAAAUUUCACUAGUUUUAUUAGUGUCAAUUUGUCUUUUUAGUAUUUUUAUAGGAUACAAAGGAAAGACCAUGAAAUUUUGCGAACCCAACAUGCUUUCAUAUUGCUU